UAUUAAGAUGGCGCUCUCCAGGUUGUGCUGGGCUCGGGCUGCUCUGUGGGGCUCAGCGGUCAUCCCUGGGCCUUUUGUCAUCCGGAGGCUGCAACUUGGUCGCUCUGGCCUGGCCUGGGGGGCCCCUCGGUCUUCAAAGCUUCAUCUCUCUCCAAAGGCAGACUCGAAGAGCUUGAUCUCUUAUGUGGUGACCAAGACAAAAGUGAUUAAUGAGAAAUACCAUCGUUUCUUGGGUCGUCAUUUCCCCCGCUUCUAUAUCCUGUACACAAUCUUCAUGAAAGGAUUGCAGAUGUUAUGGGCUGAUGCCAAAAAGGCUAGAAGAAUAAAAACAAAUAUGUGGAAGCACAAUAUAAAGUUUCAUCAACUUUCAUAUCGGGAGAUGGAGCAUUUGAGACAGUUUCGCCGAGACGUCACCAAGUGCCUUUUCCUGGGUUUCAUUUCCAUUCCACCCUUUGCCAACUACCUGGUCUUCUUGCUAAUGUACCUGUUUCCCAGGCAACUACUCAUCCGGCAUUUCUGGACCGCAAAGCAACAAAUUGAUUUCUUAGAUAUUUAUCAUGCUCUCCGAAAGCAGUCUCACCCGGAAAUCCUUAGUAAUUUAGAAAGGGCCAUCCCUCUCAUUUCUGAUACAGGACUCCGGUGGCAUCUAACAGAGCUAUAUACCAAGAUACAGGAUGGUACCCACCCCACAAUAAGUGAUAUCCUGGCUUUGAGAGAGUGUUUCUCCAGCCAUCCUCUGGGCAUGAACCAGCUCCAGUCUUUGCAAAUGAAAGCCUUGAGCCGGGCCAUGCUUCUCACACCUUACCUGCCUCCUUUCUUGUUGAGACACCGUUUGAAGACUCAUACCACCAUGAUUUACCAGCUGGACAAAGCUUUGGCAAAGCUGGGCAUUGGCCAGUUGACUGCUCAGGAAGUGAAAUCGGCUUGUUACCUCCGUGGUCUGAGUUCUACCCAUAUUGCUGAAGACAGGUGUCGAACUUGGCUGGGAGAAUGGUUGCAGAUUUCCUGCAGCCUCAAAGAAGCCGAACUGUCCCUUUUGCUGCACAACGUGGUCCUGCUUUCCAUCAACUACAUUGGGACAAGGCACUGAAUGAACCAUGAAGUGGAUGGCUUUGUCCUGCAGUGUCAUAGUAUAGCAGCGUGGGACCAAACAGCACUUGUGAGCUGUCUACACAGACCGCACUGCACUGUUACAUGUGUGAGAGGCAGAGGAGUGAGUGCUGCAGGCCUCCCAGUGUGGUACGUGUGUGGGAGCUGCAGGCAUUCCCCUCACAGCUAAAGUGAAAGAGACCCUCUUACCAGGGUGGCCCGUGUGAGGUGUCAUCUCACUUCCCUCCCAGUUAGCUGGAGCUGGCAGCCUGCGUACUGGGCUUUUACUGUGUGUAAAGUUCAAGUCCUAGGACAUGAGCUUUUUCCCCAUGUGGGAAUCCUUAUUUGGUCUAGAACCCGUCCACUGCCAUAUUCUUUUCAGCUGUAUCUUUUUGUUAAUGACAAUUUCUGGCAGGUGAGGGGAACAGUAUUACUGAAACUGGAGCACUUACAGCCAUCCCAUCCAUGUACUUUGUUGCUCCCCUCAGUCCUUUCUGAUAUGACCAAAAAUAGGGAAUUUUUUUGUCCCCUUCACUGGCAUGACCUAACCACUUCCUUUUCAAAUGUGUUGAACACUGUGGUUAACCUUGACUUUUUUUUUUUUUUUUU